AUGUUUUCUGACAGUAAGAAUGUUCUAUUGGUGCCGUUUUUUGAAGCGGCUAGUGCGUACCAAAGUAAAGGCGUUGGCGUAGAUAUGUCUAUUAAGUCUGUGCUUGGUAUUAUCAGGUUGCUAGGACUUUACAGCAAGGAUGCCAUUUGGAAACAGAGGUAUGACAAAAUGUCAGACGUUAUGGUUGAGUGCCGCAUGCUCUGCAACUUUGGCCGUAUGUGGAUAACAAUGCGCCAGUUUUUACAAACUUACCGUCUUCGGGGUCGCAUGGGGGCUGUCUACAAUUUGUUUUUGUGUCUUUCGCAUCUUUUUCGCAUUCCAGAGCAGGGCUUUGGCGAUUUGAGUUACCUACAAAAGGUGAUAUUUCAUCAUUGGAGUCGACAACGGCUAUCUUUCUUCUAUCGAUUCUUCAAGUCGCUUUCGCUGAGCUGUUGCUUCAUCUCGGAGAUUGCCCACCGUCGAAGUAUUCGAAAGAAAAUUGCCGAGUCCACAACAUCGAAGGAGCGCGUCCGUUUCGAGAUGGACUUGUCCGUGUGUAACGCCAUUGCUGUGCGUAGUCUAUGUGAUAUGUACGUGUACUUCAAGUGGAUCCCAGGUUAUACUCCGAUUCGCACGCUAGAAUACAUCUUCGGGUCUAUUUCAGGUAUGAUUGGCGUAUGGCUUGUGUGGAAAGACAUUCGAUCCGCUUGCCCAUGCCUACCUCAGACGGAGAGAAAACUGGGAAACUGUACUAAAUCAUCAUCUGAGACGCUAGAAAAGAUGUUGACUACUGGUGUUGACCUGAGUGGCGAUGAGGUCUAA